UGGUACAACAGGGUUUGAUCCGGCUCUCUCCAUUUGCAUCCACUAAACAGCUGCAAAUACCUUCACUGAUCUUGCACAUCCACCAUUUAUUAUUCCUUCGAUACUUCGUUUGAUCCUACUCCAGCUGGUACCAAGUUCCUCCUAAUCCUCUUUCUCACACCCCAUUUCAUCUCCUCACCUUUCCAUGUUGAGACGCAAGACAUCCGUCCGCGAACCCGAGACGAAGACCGAGGACUUCCGCUGGUUGAAGCCUGUCAUCGACGCGACCAAGUUCGACAUCUUUGCGUGUGUCGACUACCUCCAGCGCUAUGCACACGUGAUUGGGAUCCACAACUACUUGUGCCGCCGGUUGCGCAGCUACCCAUACGAGGAGUUGGAGUUCUUUAUUCCGCAGUUCACGCAGUUGCUUGUGAAUAUUGAAACCAAUUCGCUCGCCUUGGAGGAGUACAUCUUGGAGUACUGCGAGGCGUACCCGCACUUCAGCAUGCUCUGCUUCUGGAACUUGCAGGCACACUUGUUCGAGCUCGCUGCUGACACCGACUCCUAUAGCUUCCAGAUCACCCGCAAGAUGAUCAAUAGCCUUCAGAAUUUGUUGUUUAACGAUAACUUCCACCUGGUGAUGAAGCACGCCGCGCCCGCAAUCAAGCCCGUACCGAUCAGAGAGAACUUGUAUCCAUCGUUGGUCAUGGCUUCAAUGGUCGGGGCGGCCGCCGUGGCCAUGCCGGGCCUCAAUGAUUACGCCAAGCCGCUUAUUGAGACCCAGGGGAAGCAGGAGCGGUCCAUGAUCUUCAAACUUGCAAACUUCCAGAAGAAGUUGACCAAAAACCUCACGUUGAAAAACAAAAAGCUCGCCAUGGAGGGUGCUGCCAGGACCGCCACGCUAACGGAGAAGCCUGACUUGCCGCACUCGGCAUCCUCGCCAAAUGUGGUCACUGACCGCAAAACGCCACCCCCAGCCUCUCCUCUCGCCAAAACCACCACUUCCAAAACCACCUCCCCCCUUGAGACCGAUUCCAAUGACUUGGUGCCCUUCGACAUGAAGUUGGAAAACUUGAGCAUCAACACGUCUGUCAGGUCGAAGAAGCCGCGCGCUUUGUACAACACCAGUAACUCCACCGGCGGGCUUGCCUCGAGCGAAAGUCUUCCCUCCCCCGAGUUGAAUAAUGAGAGCUUCCACUCGCUACCAGAAUUGUCCAAGCGCAGUUCCUCUUCGGUGUCGCUCUCCAGACGCUCCAUCAGCUCGAUGUACUCCGAUUACGCCUCUGACUCGCUGUCCGUGUCACGCACGAACAGCGUGAACCGCCAGCCGUCCGCACAAAUCUCGGCCGCGUUGAUGUCGCCGUUGCACAAGACUCAUUUCUUGACCACCAACUACUAUAAGAAGGAAUACCAGUUCUGCUCGCGGUUGAACGACAUCUCGCACCGCCUCUCGAUGGUGCCGCGUGAAGCCCGCCUCAGUACGUUGCGCGCAGAGUUGUCCAUCCUCAACCAGGACUUACCCUCCGAGGUGGACAUUCCGGUCUUGAUGCCCAAGUCCUCAACUAAAAAGGGCAAAUUUAACCAGAUCUUGAAGCUCAACAUUAACGAGGCCGCGGUGCUCAACUCCGCCGAGCGCGUGCCGUUCUUGUUGUUGGUCGAGUACCUCGCAGACGAGAUUGACUUCGACCCGGCGUCCGACGCCAACGCUCGCAUCAUCGAGCGGGAACUCCUUGCUACAAAGAAGUCGAAGCUCAAUACCGCUCCUGACCCACCGUUGAGUGCCGACCAGGAGUCGAUAGCCGGGUCCGUGGACUUCAGCUUCGACUCCCCGGAACGGGCCGUCCCUGAGACCGACUUGGGUGACUUGAACGUGGUUCAGAUAAGUAACCAGUCCAGGCGCAAGCACGGGCGUCCAAGUGGGCAGAUCCUUGAAACCUUCAACCGUUCGCGCUCUGCGUCUCUCCACAGCGUUUCCGAGGACACAGACUCCCGGGGCCCGGGGGUGAUGCUUGAAGCCAGCCAGGUGGCGCAGCCGGCAAACCUUGGUGAAGAGGGGUCCCGUCCGUCAGCGUUGUCGUUCAAGGCAAGCUAUGGCGCAGCCUCUCCUACGAAUCCUGCGGAUUUGGCCGAACAAAUGCGAAUUGCGGCCGUGAUGUUACAGCAGCUCGAAACGUCCGCCUCGGGGGCGCUGCUCUCCUCCAGCCAGUCGGCCUCCAUCAAGAACCGGAUUAUUUCCAGCAUGCAGGAGCUCCAGGACAAAUUUGAAAACGCACACAUGACGCCGGAUCAGGCGGCGCAGGACGCGGAAGCUGGUAACCGCAAGCUUGAGAAUGAUUUGAAGGUCACCGGGAACAACUACCUCGGUGAGGCGUGGCAGAAGAAGCGCGAACGGAUCAAGAAUGCGUCGCCGUACGGUCACUUGGAGAACUGGGAGCUCUGCUCCGUGAUUGUCAAGAACGGGGACGACUUGACACAGGAGGCGUUUGCCUGCCAGUUGAUCUCUAUGAUCAGCUUGAUCUGGCAGAAGCAGAAGGUGCCGGUGUGGACCAAGAAGAUGCGGAUUCUCAUCACCAGCGCCAACCACGGCUUGGUAGAGACCAUUACCGAUGCGCUUUCGAUCCACUCCAUCAAGAAGACGUUAUACGAGAUGAAGGUAAAGGAGGGCGGGGAUCCGCGCUACACCUAUGCCACGUUGAAGGACCACUUCGAGAAGUCGUUUGGCGACCCAAAGAGCUCGGCCUAUAGACGGGCCCAGGACAACUUUGCCAACAGCUUGGCCGCCUACUCGGUCAUCUGCUACGUUUUGCAGAUCAAGGACAGACACAACGGUAACAUCAUGCUCGACAACGAGGGCCACGUGAUGCACAUCGACUUUGGGUUCUUGUUGUCCAACUCGCCGGGUGGGAUGGGCUUCGAGGCUGCGCCGUUCAAGUUGCCGUGGGAGUACGUCGAUUUGCUCGGCGGUGUCAACGGUGCGCCGUUCCUCAAGUUUAGAGACCUCGUGAAGCAGUGCUACAAUUGUUUGAGUAAGAACGCUAGUGACUUGGUGGCGAUGGUUGAGUUGAUGCAGAAGGACAGCGCUUUGCCGUGCUUUAAGCGCGGCGCCCAGACCAGUAUCCAGUUGAAGAGCCGGUUGAUGUCUGAAGCGACUGACCAGCAGCGUGGAGCGUUUGUUGACUCGUACUUAAUUGGCAAGAGUAUGGGGAGCAACUACACCAAGCUCUACGACCAAUUCCAGUUACUCACCCAGGGUAUCUACAGCUAAGGAAUAUAUAUAAAUAGAAUUGUAAACAAAUACAGCUAGGAUGCCAAUACAUGCUAUGUGUACA